CAUGUUUUCAACAUCCACUUCAAAAUGCAGCUUAGUAUUUUUGAGAUAGCACACAUCCAGGAGGACAUUUCGCAGUACUUGUCGUUACAAGAGCUAGUAAAGUGUAUUCAGGUCUCCAGAGAAUGGUCUCUGAUCUUCACCCGCACCCUCUGGCAGCGCUUUUACUUGCAGCCACACCACACCAUCGAAUUCGCGAAAUGGGAUUCACCACUCUCAGUGUUGCUGCGCCAUCAUGAAGAUAUCUCGAAACUCAACGAUAAAAUGUUCCAGAAGAUCCUAGAUAAUUACCCAGCACAUCCAUGGUCAUUACCCAAACUCCGUUCGUUGUCCUUUCUUCUCCCAGAUGAUGAGACACAAAAAUCAACGAUUACGACGGGAGUAUCAACAGCAACAAUGCCAGGAACUGAAGCAGUCAAGGCUCUACGGUUUCUAUCAACUCUAUCUACGAUUGAAGACCUAUCUAUCCUUGGGAUCAAUGGAGACAAUCAACAGAUUCAGGAUGAGUUAAUCCAUGCUCUUUCUCCUUCAUGUUUACCCAGGCUACGACAUGUGUCACUGCUGGGCAGCAAAUACUCUGCCGAGUCAGUCUUACGUAUUAUUAUAGCCUGUCGUCGAUGCGAAUUUCUGGAUAUAAGGACCACCAAGUUUUAUAAUGUUUACCUUAAUAGUAAGCUUGACGGCCGUGAUUUUCGGUACCAAGACUCUCAGAAAUUCAAUGAGGUAGAAUUGACUGAGCUUGUGAAAAGGGCUUUUGACGAAGGAAUGCCCUUAGAGCCCACUAGCGCCCAUAAUUCUACCACCAACUUACGGAGGCUCCACUAUGAUAUGGUCUCACCAGGCUCUUCUAUCAUUCUGAAACAUUUACUAGAAAGAUCACCCCAGUUGAAAGAUCUUCGAUUAAUAGGGAUGAUGCCUCCUGAGCCUUUACAGAGUGUUAUCGGUGCCUUGAACGCCUCCAAAAGAACAACAACGAUGAUGGGUACAACAUAUCCACUUAGACUGAGAUCCCUUAUAAUGAAUACUCUUAAACAUGAUGAGACUGAAACAAAAAGGCUCUUGGCAGAGUUAAUCCGCUCCACAGGAUACUUUGUCCAACCUGAGUCUAGUCAUGGUGACGGUCAUACCGAUGAAGCUGGUCAUGUUGGGAAGGGUAUUGGCAUUAAUGGUCUAGGUCUAGAAUCUCUAUCUCUAAUGUACCAAACGCCAUUUGGACAGCGUUGCGGGAUGGCUCUCGUUCAGUAUCACUCCAAGACACUCACCAAACUUACAAUCAAGCGCCUCAUUAAAAAUAUAGUCUUUAUUACUCUUAUGAGUGGGCUCAGGGAAUUACGGUCGAUAGAAGUUAAAGUUCAACUUGAUGAAAGUGAAGAGGAUGAGAUCAGUAACAGCAACGAUGAAGAAGGAGGAGAAAGGAGCCUGAUCUUAUGUUCGUGGACAUGUCAACAGCUCAAAGAGCUGAGCCUUAAAAUGAAUGUAGCAAGAUAUCAAGUUCAUAAUCAUAGAUACAGAAUGCAACGGACCGUGUCUGCACAAGGAUUCCUUGGCUACAUUUUUAAACAGAUAUCAAGGUUGGAGGCAUUAAGAGAGUUAGAAUUGAGCCUCAAAGACAGGAUUAGCGUUGAUGUCUUAACAUUGAGCAAGGGGUGUUUGAGUUGCCUUGGGACACUGAAGCAACUGAGAGGACUGAAAUACCGCAAAAAUGACUUCAUUGGUUAUGAGCUGGGAGAAGAGGAAGCAGCAUGGAUAAUAGAGCAUUGUCCCAGACUGAGCGAGGUUGCCUUGAUUUCUCCUUUGCCAGCAAGUUUCAAAGAAAAACUAAUAGCACUUCGACCAUGGAUCCUUGUAACAACAGUGCGUUAAUAUCCAAGUGUUUACUAUUGGUCCACAU